GGUCGCUCCGGCCCCGCGGGGCGGCGGCAGCAGCGUUCAAAGGGGACCAUUGUGUGCCGAGGCUGGCGCUGCGGCGGGGGCGGGGCCGCGGGCUCCACGCCUCUGCGCCCGGCCGAGGGCCACGGGAGCCGCGGGUCCAGACGUGCGCGGGCAGCCAUGGGCGAGAGCGCGGAGAAAGUGCCCGUCGCCCUGGCGGGGCCGGAGGACGUGGAGCGGAGCCUGCCGCCUGCCUACACGGCGGUGCCGGAGAAACCCGCCAGCCCGGGGCGGCUGCUGAAGAUCGGGGCCGCGGUGCUCAUCGCCGGAGCCCUGCUGCUCCUGUGCGGAGCCAUCGGAGCCUUCUACUUCUGGAAGGGGAGCGACCGGCACAUUUACAAUGUCCAUUAUACUAUGAGUAUUAAUGGAAAAGUACAAGAGGGAUCAAUGGAAAUAGAUUCUGGGAACAACCUAGAGACCUUUAAAACUGGAAGUGGAAAUGAAGAGGCUAUAGAAGUUCAUGAUUUCCAGAUAGGCAUAACUGGAAUCCGUUUUGCUGGAGGAGAGAAAUGCUACAUUAAAGCACAAGCUAAAGCUCACAUCCCUGAUGUCAAUACCAUGACUAAAGAAAGCCUCUCGUUUGAUCUGGAAGAUGAAAUUAUGCCAGUUAAAUUUGAUGAAAAUUCCCUUAUCUGGGUGGCCGUAGAUCAGCCGGUAAAGGAUAACAGCUUCCUAAGUCCCAAAAUUUUAGAGCUUUGUGGAGAUCUUCCUAUUUUCUGGCUUCGACCAACAUACCCAAAAGACACCCAGAGAAAGAAGCGAGAAAUCAAGAGAAAAAUACGUCAAGCUCAAUCAAACUUUGAUCUGGACCAAAUUGAAGCUACUCCUGGCAUAGUAAAUACCAGGUCACCUACUACCCAGACUGUUCAAAAACCAGAACGCCAGUCUAAUGCCACUGGUCCCAGUGUGCAAGAUUCUAGUUCAAACUUUAAUCCAGAAAAUCCAUAUCAUCAACUUGAAGGUGAGGGGAUGACUUUUGACCCAAUGCUGGACCACGAAGGCGUGUGCUGUAUUGAAUGUAGACGAAGUUACACACAAUGCCAGAGAAUUUGUGAACCUCUCAUGGGCUAUUACCCAUGGCCCUAUAACUACCAAGGAUGUCGUUCUGCCUGCCGAAUUAUUAUGCCUUGCAGCUGGUGGGUUGCCCGUAUCUUGGGUGUCGUGUGAGAUGGAGUAUUCAGGUCAUUGAUGAAAUAAGCAGGAGCCCGACAAACUGAUAAAAGACUACAGCCAAAGCCGCAUUACCAAUCUCAGCUUUUAAAACACUAAGUGUAUGUUAAUGUAUCAAAAUGAGGUCAGUCAUUCUAGAUGUAAAUAAAUAAAACCUUUAAUAUUUCAUUA